AUGUCGUUGACAAUCAAGAACCCGAAGCAGCUGCUGCAGGAGCUGACGGGCAAGUCUGUUGCUGUCAAGCUCAAGUGGGGCAUGGAGUACCGUGGCGUUCUCAAGUCCUUUGACAACUACAUGAACUUUCAGCUGCUGAACACAGAGGAGUACAUUGAUGGCGUGUCUCAAGGCAACCUCGGCGAGUGCCUGAUCCGUGCGCACAUGCCAUGA